AUCACAUGGCGGAUGAUUAACGUGUGUGGGGGAGGUGUCAGGAGGCGUUUCGACCAAUAAGAACGCGUGGAAUUGCGUCUUUGAAGCCAGUCUUUUAUAAACUUGCUGUUGGGUUCAAGCAAACAUUUUAUGCCUCCAAGUUUACCGCAGUAAAAGCUCUUCAACAUGAGGUUGUGUUUGGCCCUACUAGCUGUGUGCCUCGCCAUAGUGUCUGCUGCUCCGAGCCUGGACAGAGAACUAGAUAGCCACUGGCAAACGUGGAAGGAAUGGCAUAGUAAAAAAUAUCACCAGAAGGAAGAAGGAUGGAGGCGAAUGGUCUGGGAGAAGAAUCUGAAGAAGAUUGAGCUGCACAACUUGGAUCACUCGAUGGGAAAACACACUUACCGCCUGGCGAUGAACCACUUUGGGGACAUGACCCAUGAGGAAUUCAGGCAAGUCAUGAAUGGUUACAAACAUGAUAAUGUCAGGAAGGCCAAGGGAUCUCUCUUUAUGGAACCCAAUUUCCUGGAGGCCCCAAGCAAGUUGGACUGGAGAGAGAAGGGAUAUGUUACUCCUGUCAAAGACCAGGGUCAAUGUGGUUCUUGCUGGGCCUUUAGCACUACUGGAGCCAUGGAAGGUCAGCAGUUCAGAAAAACUGGCAAAUUGGUGUCCCUGAGUGAGCAGAAUCUGGUGGACUGUUCUCGUCCUGAAGGUAACGAGGGUUGCAACGGUGGAUUAAUGGACCAGGCCUUCCAGUACAUCCAGGACAAUGGUGGCCUGGACACUGAAGAAUUCUACCCCUACCUCGGAACUGAUGACCAGCCCUGCCACUAUGAUCCCAAGUAUAGUGCAGCUAAUGAUACUGGCUUUGUGGACAUCCCCAGUGGUAAAGAGCAUGCGCUGAUGAAGGCUGUGGCUGCAGUUGGACCAGUGUCUGUGGCUAUUGACGCUGGGCAUGAAUCUUUCCAGUUCUACCAUUCAGGUAUUUACUAUGAGGCAGACUGCAGUAGCGAGGAACUGGACCAUGGUGUUCUUGUGGUUGGCUAUGGCUAUGAAAGUGAAGAUGUAGAUGGGAAGAAAUACUGGAUUGUCAAGAACAGCUGGAGUGAGAAUUGGGGUGACAAAGGCUAUAUCUACAUGGCUAAGGACCGACACAACCACUGUGGUAUUGCUACAGCAGCCAGCUACCCCCUGGUCUAAGAGAAACCUCAAGCAAGACUUUCAGAAAGCCUUGUCUAAAUCUGUUCAUUUAAAUCACUACCAUGAAGUGUCUUUACUUGUGCUGAGAGCAUCACUGCAACAGUGCUGGAAAGAAGUAGCUAAUUGUGAGAAGGGAAAGUAUUCAGCCCAAAUUAAAUUGGUGUGACAUGAAGGCCUAUUGAACAGCACUGUAUAGGCUACUGGUUUUACCUUAAUCUGUUUUAGACCUUUUUAUGUGAAUUUUAUUUUGGGUAGAAUCUUAAAUUUUUUUUAUUUUGCUUUGUGUAAAUACCAGUGUUUUGCUAGUUAAAAUGUAAAUUCCCUUUCUCCUAUUACUUUAGGAUCACAGAACCUAUGAAAAUGUAACAUGUGCAAUAUAGUGUCAGUUUUGUUUUUCAAUUAACAUCCUGUCAUCUGUACAUUUCAGUUAAGUUUCAUUUGAAUUGUGAGCAAUUAAACCAUAUACUGAUACUAA